AUGGAGAGAAUCCUUACCACCACUACACCUAGCUCUCAGCGGAGCCUGGCAACCUGGUCUCAGAGCCUUCUGAAGCAGGUGGAUGCUGGAGGUGAACAGUUUAUUGUGGGGGUCCACAUGAAAGAUACUUCAUUCUGUCUGACAUGUAGUGCCACAGUUGGCUACAAGGGUCCAGGCUCACCCCUUCCAUGGACAGGAUUGCCAGGAGCUGUGAAGUACUACAGCUGCGGACGCUUUGGGUGCUGGGCAGUCAACAAGAAUGAUGAUAUCUUCUUAAUGAGUCUGAAUCAAGACUGCCAAAACAAGGGGUGGAGUCACAUUGAUGGCAAGCUUUCCAUGAUUGAGGUGGCAACUGAUGGUAGUGUCUUUGGGGUCAACUCUGCGGGUAGUGUUUAUACCAGAGACGGCAUCACAGCCAGUAAACCAGAGGGCACCGGAUGGAGCAAUAUCCCAAUGGGCAUGCUCAUGGGCCACGUGACCUACGACCUGGGCCGUCUUUGGGUCGUCUCCAAGUCUGUACAGUACUUUAUCUCUAUCAAUAGUAAUCACUGA